AAAUGACAAGUGACUUUGGUAGACACGCGCCGUUUUCUUACUACUACGCGCACGACCCGGUAGCGCCUGCGUGUGGUAGUGUGAACGUUAAGAUGGAGCAGCAUGAGGUUCCCUCCUCACUGGCGGAAUCGAGCUAUCUCGGUUCGUCCUACACCUACACAUCGAACGCACCCUCCAACACCAACAUUACGACCCAAUCGUCCGCUCCGAAUGUGGUAGUAUUGCCCGGUUUCAUGGAUAACUAUCCGGACAGCUGGAUGACUCCAAGCCCGUCUAGUUUUGGGUCGGAAAGUCCCGACUACUACUCCCUUGCCAACUCACCCCAGCGCAGCUUCGUCGACGUGGAAGAGUACAAAGAAAACCUACUGGCCAUGCAACAAACGCCACAGCUUCCACUGAACACCUCCAGAACGCUUCCUCUUUCACCUCCACUUGCCAAUGUACCGAUACAGGGGGUAAGCAAUACGUCGCCAACCGCUCCCACUGCUAAUCUGCCCGUCAAGAAGCGACAGUACAAUCGGAAAUCGAAACCUAAACCUGAACCUGUGAAAACCCCCGAAACGGAUACAACAUCCCGGGCUGAUCUGUCGUGUCUUACCUUCCCGAAAUCGUUCUCCAAAGCUACCGACUCACAGGGAUCGGUCGGAUCCACCAACAGCACCACAUCCACCGGAACUAUUGUCGGAGUGAUCGGUAAGCGAAAGCGGAAACAAGUGCCACCCCAGAUCAAGAAGAAGCGCCGCCUAGCGGCCAAUGCACGCGAACGGAAGCGGAUGCAGAAUCUCAACGAUGCCUUCGAUCGAUUGCGCCAGUAUUUGCCCUCGCUAGGGAACGAUCGUCAACUGUCCAAGCACGAAACGCUCCAGAUGGCACAAACCUACAUUACGGCACUCUGUGAUCUGCUGCAAUAG